CACAGUCGAGUUAAUCAAAGCGCGUCGCUGGCCACGAAAAGUGCAAGUUUUUUAUUUUCUUUGCCACCAAAAUCCGAAAUAAUCAGAAAUCUUAAAAGCGGCGAGAUGUUGUGCCACCAACACAUCCUCGGCCACCUGAUUUUGUGGCAACUCCUGAUGCUGCUGCUGCCACACGUUCUGCAAGCCAAUCCCGUCUCCAGUCCCGAGAUCUCCAACAAAGGCUCCAAAUCCCCCAACAGCGUGCAACACCAGCAAGUGCAACAGCAGCAACUGCAACAGCAACAAGUGCAACAACAACAAGUCCAACAGCAACAACAGCAACAACAGUUGCAGUUGCAACAACAGGAGGCUGUGCAUCUGAAUUCCCUUAGUGCCUAUGCCAGUGGCUACGACAUGGCCCAGACUUCUGGCCAGAGUCCAGUGGGUGGCGAGGCGGCCUUCAAGCCGUCCUACAAAAUGCCGGAAAUGGAGACCAACUUCACGCCAAUGCAGACAGCCGGAACACCGAGUGUGGCCAGUCUGCCCUCCACCCCCAUGCUGAUGCAGUACCUCCCCGCCCAGACCCUCCAGGACGGCACUGGGAAUACGGUUCAGUAUCUCCAGCUAAUACCCACCCGACCGAUCAUUGUGCCGAUCAGUCCGUAUCUCUCCGGCGGAGGAUCACCCACACUAGCUGCCGGCGGACAACCGGACUUCUCCGGACGUACUGCCACCGUGCUGAGUGCCCUGCCACCGAACUACGGAGCUCUUCAGGGCUAUGCCGCUGCCGGAGCUCUUAAUCCCCAAGCUGUCGCCGCCGCUGGAGCCUACCGGGGUUACCGGAUCAAUCGAGAGGCCAAGGACAAGCACUUUCCUCCAGCCUUCUCUCUAAAUCUGAAUGAAUACAUUCCCGCCUCGUCGAUGGGUCAUGAGACGGCAGGAUCGAGUGGCAGCCAUCUCUACUUGAGGGCCAGGUCAUAGGUCAACCAUCCCAAAUCAAGCCAUGGUCUCACAUUUUUUUUUUCACUCAACUAACUCUCCGAAAAAAACCAGAUCUGAAUAAAAAGUUAUUAACAUA